GACCACUUGUGCACCUUCUGAACAGAAGCGACGUCUCACGGGUUCCUACAAUACGCGCAUACGAUUAUGGACAAGCAAUCGGCAGCUCCAUGGUGCGCCGAGCCGGCGCCAUGGCCGCGCGUUGCGACGACUUUGUCGGCGAAACAGCAAUUUCGCUAUCAAGUGGAUGCUUGGCUUCGCAAGAAUUCACGGUAAGAGUGGUUCAGAUUCAGUCGAGUCGCGGAAGGUACUGGUCAGUGGUCACUGCGGUGAGGGCUGUUCCCUGCUCCCUGCUUCUUCAGCCCUGGCACGUCAGCGAUGGUGGACCUGAGGCAGGACCAAUCGACAUGGGCCUCGAUUGCUGUUUGUUGUCUCUCCCAUGUCUCUGUCUUCGUUCCUUCCCUUGACCCUUGACGCUCCCUCUACGCUGCUGUUGAGAAGUCGCAGACACGUAAGGAGUGGGUUGAGGCGGCAUCAUGUACACCCCCCUCAGCAUUGGUCGAUCGAGCAGCCGGUAUAGGCACAUCGCUGCUGUCGCCAUACUGUUUCUUAUCUCGAUUCUGUUGUAUACACUUUCCUUCCCGUCUGGCCAACCUGUCCCUGAACGUGUUCCUUCUACUACGACUACUUCGUCCUCGGAAACAUCGCAGCCUGAUGCUCGACCCUCAUCCGUGAGACCAACUUCUUCCUCAAACGACACAACGACCAGAUUCCGAAGUCAACGCGUGCCAUGCAAAGGUCCCAGAGGGAAGCUCAUGUCAGAGAGCUACGACGACCAGAUCCACCCAUCGCAUUACAGAAACCUUACAUACCCGCCCCCUCUCAGUGGCUCGUAUGAAGCCCUCGACCUCGACAAGUCCUGGCUCACUGCUGCAGAGAGAUAUGGCCCCUAUGGACUAGGAGAAGAGGAGGAGAAUUACACAAGAAGCCGAGUUGACUGGUCUACCGUCAACUGGGCCGACCUACAAAACGCCUGUGCCGAGUCCAACCACGAACGCCUUCCCGAUGCUUACGCUUUCGAUCACGGUCGCCCCAGGUUCGCAUACCGCAACAGAUCAUGGAAAGAGAAGUGGCUACCCUCUUCGUUGACCUCUCCUAAGAUCAACCCGAGGCCAGAAACCGAGAAAUACCACCGUUCGGCCAUCGUCAUCCGUACCUGGUCCACGUACAAGUACACUCCUGAGGAUAUGUGGAACUUGAGAUCACUUGUCGCAGAAACUGCUCUUGCGACGGGCGGAGAGUAUGCCGUUUUUCUUCUGGUCGACGUGAAGGAUCAAGAGGCUGGAAUCUUUACAGAUCCGGAAGCAUACGAUCGCGUUUUACGAGAAGCCGUUCCGCCCGAGCUACAAGACAUAGCAGUCCUUUUCGAUGACUCCUUGCUGGACAGCUGGUAUCCCGAUGUCGUCGAGCACCUGGCCAUCAUGCAAAUCAUGCAGCCCUUCCAAAUAUUCGCACAGUUCUACCCGGAGUUCGAUCACUACUGGCAACUAGAGGUCGACUCACGCUUCUUGGGACAUACCGGAAAUAUGCUUGACAAGCUGUCCGACUUUGCCAGGAAUGAACCUCGCAAGCAAGCUAGAGAAAGAGCAUCUUGGGCAUACAUGGCUGAUUAUCACGGCUCGUACGAUGACUUCUUCAACGCCAUUGACAACGUACUUGAUGGCGAUUCCUCGGUGUGGGGACCUAUUGACAUCCACGAUAUUGAUCCCAUUGGUCCCGAACCACCCGUCGAUGAUCCGCGCGAAGAUCACUUCUCCUGGGGUGUCGGUGAAGACGCUGAUCUCAUCCUUCUCAACACGAUGGAAGAUGCUUCUCGCGACGAGGACUGGCUUUUCAAAGGUUGGCAACAUGGCUUUUCUAUGGGAACGAAGUUGCCCAUCUUCGUGUCGGUCGUCGCUCAAGGUCGCGCAAGUUGGAACCUCUUGAAUGCGGUUCAUCAUGCCCAAGCACACGCAGGCAUGCGCAUCCCUUCUGAAGCAACUCUUCCCAGCUUUGCUCUCUGGCACGGUCUCAAGAUUAGUGGCAUACCUCUCCCUGUCUACCAAUGGCCAGCGCGUGAACGUCACGAGAUGGAGUUCGCUCUCAACGGCGGCGGCUUGGAUGCUUUCCCCGAUGGCAUCGCUAAUGGCCCUGCACGUUAUCGCGGCAGCUCGAUGGGCUUCUUCACAAAUGGCAUGACCUGGCAAUGGUGGACUACUCUCCCAGAAGAUUUGGCAAACCCUUGGUAUAUCAAUGAAGUCGACAAUCCGAUAUUGCCGGAUAUGUUGUUGAACGAAGGUGGUCACCUUUACGCGCCCAAUAUCAUCAUACAUCCUAGAAAGACCAACGGCAAGAAGCCUAAGCAUUAUGGGCAAGAAGACGACAGUGACGAGGAGUAGAUGCUCUUGGUUUGGAUUCUCUUUUGCAUUUCGAUGCCUCUCUUGGCAGUCACGACUCAUGGUUUUUGUUUUUGUUUUUCAUCGUGUCUUUUCUUGCAUUGAAGCACGAUUCUGGUUUAUUGCGCAUUUCAGCUUGGGAAGCGGGAGUUUUUGUUUGGCAGGCUUAUAGUGAAAUAGAAUAGCGGAAUGAUAUAUCAUCCGAACUCUUCAUCCAGAA